AUGGCAUCUGGAUCAAAGAAUGACAUAGUUAAUAGAUUGCUGAACGUGAGGGUAGACGACGGCGGCGGUGGAGAUGAACAGCACCCGCCUCAGAACAUGCUGCCUUCCAACCAGCAAGCGAGACAGCUCGGUCAGAUACAAGAGGAAGAUAAUGGACAACCAAACGAGCCUAUGCCUUCGUCUUCGAACAUAGAAAACUUACAGCCAAUUAACAACACAGGAGGUCGGUUGCAUAACUGGCAGGCGACAAAGACGACGGUGAAAGAAAGGCUGUCAUUUCUUUUCAAUAAUGAAAUUCUUUGUGAUGUACACUUCAUUGUAGGCAAAGAAGCUAACCAGCAGGUAAUACCAGCUCACAAGUUCGUGUUAUCAGUAGGAAGUGCGGUAUUUGACGCCAUGUUCAACGGUGUCCUGGCCACCAAGUCGGAUGAAGUUGAACUCCCAGAUGUCGAACCUGCUGCAUUUUUACACUUACUAAAGUUCCUAUAUUCUGAUGAGGUCCGAAUAGGCCCAGAGAGUGUCAUGACUACUCUGUAUACAGCCAAGAAAUACGCUGUGGCUGCUCUAGAAGAGCAUUGUGUGGAUUUCUUGAAGAGUAAUUUAGGUACGGACAAUGCGUUUCUGUUGCUAACGCAAGCACGAUUGUUUGAUGAGCCACAGCUGGCUGCUUUGUGUUUGGAGAUGAUAGAUAAGAAUACUGCUGAUGCAUUGAAUGCUGAGGGAUUUACGGACAUAGAUCAAGAUACAUUAAAUGCUGUUCUAGAAAGGGAUACCCUCCGCAUAAGAGAGGCGAAGAUUUUCUCCGCAGUCCUGCGCUGGUCUGAGGCUGAAUGCAUAAGAAGACAGUUACAAGUCACACCAGCCAACCAGCGUAUGGUUUUGGGCAGAGCUUUCAACGCCAUCCGUUUUCCCCUAAUGUCUGUCGAAGAAUUUGCAAUGGGCCCCGCGCAAAGUGGACUUCUGGAUGACCGCGAAAUAGUUCAGCUUUUUCUGUAUUUCACGGUGAACCCGAAACCUAACGUGGGGUUUUUAGACACACCCAGAUGUUGUAUGACUGGUAAAGAGUUGACGGUAAAUAGGUUUCCGCAAACUGAGUCGCGAUGGGGGUACAGUGGUACCACAGACCGUAUCAGAUUUACGGUUGAUCAGCGAAUAUUUGUGGUCGGUUUUGGUUUGUACGGGUCGUAUUUCGGGCCGACAGAAUAUGAAGUACACUUGCAGAUAAUACACCUAGCGACAAAGAAGGUGUGUGGCUCGAACACAACAACCUUCUGCUGUGAUGGCAGUGACGACACCUUCCGUGCUAUGUUCAAGGAACCAGUCGAGAUUUUGCCAAACACCUCGUACAUAGCCAGCGCUAAACUAAAGGGCACAGAUUCCUACUAUGGCACGAAAGGCCUUCGUCGGGUGACGGUGGAUUGUAACAACGGUGAAAAGGUCGUAUUUCAGUUUUCAUAUGCUGCCGGCAAUAACAACGGCACUUCAGUAGAGGACGGACAAAUACCGGCCAUAAUAUUCUAUAUUUAA